CAAGGGGGGGCGCAGGAAACAGAAUCGAUCUCUCGUUGAAAAUGCAGAGGAUGUCCAUGCUAAAUACAUGUGCGUUCCUCGCGUGGUCGGCCAUGGUUCUAUCAUGAUGCAACCAACAUAUUAAUAUCAGCUUCUUCGUUCACUUGAUCCUCCGAAUUCACAAGAUCUUUACUUUUCUAUCAACAUGAACAUCAUCUAUCUUCUCCUCUGGGCGACAGUCGUCUUGUCCACCUGGCCAUCACACGGCAGGAUAUUGCCAUUACCUUUGGCCUCAGAGACUGUUUCUGCUUCUCCUGCUUCUCUCUUGGACCAGAAAAUCAUUACGGAUACAGAUAAUCGUAUACGCGAGCCUCAAACACUUGACGAAUCUCAAGAAUCUGAAAAUCGCAAGCCACUUCACGGCGACUUUGUCCAGAAACCAGCGACAACAACAGCACACCUUCCAACCCACACAGGGUCCUGCUCGUUCGAUCGACGGCUGGGAAAGCGUCCUCGCAGUCCACCCUCGCCGUACUGGACCCUUGUUCUACACCAUACGAAAUGGCUGUUUCUCCCUGUUGCCAUUCUGCUGGCGGGCCUGGCGGUUGGGUUGGUGGAAUUGGCCGAGUGGGCGUGUAGACGGUGGAAUCGGGUAGAUCUGGUAGAGAGACAAGAGACUAGAGAAAAACAAUAUACAGACAGUCUAUCACUUGUUUAAAAUUUUACCUUUGAGACUUAUAAUAAAAAGGCAGUGACUAAUC